AUGAAACGCCUCGCCGAGAUGAUAGAAAAUGACGAGUCGAAGACUAUGGAUGUGGGGUGCCGUGCUGGGCUAUCCGGGUGCCGUGCUAUCCGAUUACGGAAGGUUGGGAGGCGUAUCAGAUUUGUAUACUACGUGAACGAAAACAUGAGCAGGAGGGCAGUCCAUAAGGCGCUCUUCGAGUCAGCGGCACUAAUCGCAGCCAGCGUCAUCCAAGUCUAUCUCCUGCGCCGGCUCUUCGAGCGCAAGCUGGGAACGUCUAGGGUUUAA